GAAAAGAACGAAAAUCAGAUGGUACUUCUGGAGUUGAAGACACAACUCCGAAAAUUUCAAAUCUGAUCAAAGUUGGGUCUUAUUCAUCUUUCGGUUCUUGCAGUUUAAUACUCGUCUGGGUCUCUUUUACAUGUUCAUUUAGUUACGCACAAUUGAAACAAGUGCUCUUCAUCUAUUUCCUCUCUGAUUUCUCAGCUUCCAAACACUAUUCUCUUCUUUAUCUUGCCCAAAUCGCAAAAGGGUCUCUCUCUCCUGCCUUUUUACUCUUGUUUACAGUUCUGUGGAAGUCAUAUAUAUAUAUACAUGUAUGUGUGUGGUUCCUAUUGUCUAUGUGGAAGUUUUGAGCUUUUGACUUGAAUGAGUUCCAGAAAAAAAAAUCAGAUCUUGGAAGGAAGACUUUAUGAGGAAUUCAUAGCCAUUGAGGCAGCAAACAUUCUUGAUAUUUGUUUCAAUGGAUUGGUAACUCUGUAGGAGAUGGGCAUGAAGAUUUUGCAGUCAUAUAUGCCUAGCAUUUACCUGUGGUAGUUUCACCUUUUGUCUAAGGUCAUCUUUUGCAAUGAAGACCCUUGGCAAUGAUGAGAUUGAUUUGGAAGGUGGUAAGUUGGAAAAAGACACAGAAAAAACAAUACGAAGUAGCAGGGUGGUUAAAAUACACAACCAGGCCUUGUUAUCUGGCCUUGCGUACUGCAUUUCAUCCUGUAGCAUGAUACUUGUUAACAAGUAUGUCCUUUCCAGCUAUGAUUUUAAUGCUGGGAUAUCUUUGAUGCUUUAUCAGAAUUUCGUUUCAGUGGUGAUUGUGCUUAUAUUGAGCUUUUCUGGUGUAAUAUCAACAGAACCACUCACGUGGAGAUUGAUUAAGGUGUGGCUACCAGUGAACGUUAUAUUUGUUGGGAUGCUAAUCACAAGCAUGUUUAGUCUGAAGUACAUUAAUGUUGCUAUGGUUACAGUCUUGAAGAAUGUUACAAAUGUGAUUACUGCUGUUGGUGAAAUGUAUUUAUUCAAUAAGUACCACGACAACAGAGUCUGGGCUUCCCUUUUCUUAAUGAUUAUUUCAGCCAUCUCCGGAGGAAUCACAGAUCUAUCUUUCCAUGCUGUUGGUUAUACGUGGCAGAUUUUUAAUUGUUUCUUAACAGCAUCAUACUCUUUAACACUACGUAGAGUCAUGGAUACAGCAAAGCAAGUCACGAAAUCUGGAAACUUGAACGAGUUCUCAAUGGUCUUGCUCAAUAACACCCUCUCAUUGCCGCUUGGAAUUAUUCUUAUUUUAAUGUUUAACGAGGUGGACUAUCUCUCUAGAACACCACUUUUGAGGAUGCCUCUCUUCUGGUUGGUGGUGACAUUCAGUGGAUUUUUGGGCCUAGCAAUCAGCUUCACAUCUAUGUGGUUUCUUCGUCAAACUGGGCCAACUACAUACAGCCUUGUGGGAUCACUGAAUAAGAUACCUCUCUCUGUUGCCGGCAUCCUUCUUUUCAAAGUCCCUACCAGUCUAGAGAACUCUGCAAGCAUUUUCUUCGGUCUGUUGGCGGGAGUAUUUUUUGCUAGGGCAAAAAUGCGGGAGAAAUCUCAACCUUAACAAGUUGGAAGCUGCAAUGCAUCCGUACACUGGUCCCUUGACUAAAAGUAUGUCUUAUGGUUGUCUACUUUCAUCACUUAAUAUUUCACAUCAUCAAAACACAGAACAUGCAAACAGGAGAGGAGUAGGGAAAUCUUUUUUCUGAGUAAUUGAGAUUUAGCUAUUCAAAGUUCACUUGUUACUGCGGAGAAGGGUGCUUUUCGGUGUGCUUUUGUGAGGAGAACACUUCUUAUUCUUUCUCAGUCGUAUCUGUAUUGUAAUGGGAACACACUUCCCUCCCUUUUACUAUGUUGUUAGAUUAGUCAACAUUUGACUGAAAUUUCAAAUGAUCUAAUAUAUCAAUGUCCAUUAUGUUUUGCUGAACGAAAGAAAUACCAUACAGCUUUGAUAAUUCAUAGAGAAGACGCAUUUCUUUUUGCACCAA